AUGUUACAAAAUCAAGAACAAAACAACAAUAAAUCUGGAAAUAAAGAAAAAAGAACAAUAUUAAUAAUUGGCAGAACCGGGGGUGGGAAAUCCACUUUGGCUAAUGUACUUAGCGGUACUAAUGAUUUUAAAGAAAGUUCAGGUUCUAUUAGCGAAACUAGAAAAGCCGAUGUUCGAGAAUUUAAGAUUAAUGGAUUAUUAUAUAAACUCAUUGAUACGGUCGGUAUUGGUGAUACACAAUUAACUACUCAAGAAGUUCUUAAUGAAUUAGCAGAAGCUGCUCAUUCUAUGAAAGAUGGUUUAAAUCAAAUCUUAUUUGUUGCAAGUGGAAGAUUCACCAAAGAGGAGGUAGAAGCCUAUGAUUUAUUAAGAGCCAUUAUUUUUGACAAGAAUGUUAUCAAGGAUAUUAUAUAUAUAGAUAAUCCACCAUUGGAUGGUCGUUCUAAAGAAAUAAACAAAACAACCAGAGAUGAAUCAAGAAAAAGGCUUUUACUUUAUUUAUUUACUUGUAAAGAUAUUUAUAAACCAAAAAAUCUAGAUAAAUUGAAUGAAAGAAUUGGAGAGUACAUGACAGAAAAAGAAAUAUUAGAACAAAUGGUAAAUGAUAUGAAGGAACAACACAAAAAAAUAGAUGAAAAAAUGAAAAAAGCUGAUGAAGAAUUCAAGAAUAAAAUUAAAGAAAUGGAGGAAAAAAUGAGAAAUGAUAGAGAAGAAGCAGAAAAGAAAAUGGAAGAUAUGAAACAAGCGAUGAAAGAAAAAAAAUUAAAAUUAGCAGAAGAAAAUUAUGAGUUAAAACUAAAAUUGUGUAAAUGUGAAUUUGAGAUAGAAAAUUUGAAAUUGAAGAUCGAAAAAAAGGAGAUGGGGGAAGAAAAUAAGAAACAAGAGGAAGAAAUAAGAAAACUUAAAGCUAAAAUUGAAGAAAAUACAAAGGAACAUACUAAACAAUCUAGUUGUACCUUGUUAUAUGUCAAGAUUAAUGUUAAUGCUUUAUUAUUAACCUUCAAAUGUAUGAAAUUCAUUCAUAAAAAUUCCAAAUUAUUUCAAGACCAAAACAAUAAUGAUGUUAAUAAACUUGGAAAUAAAGAAAAAAGAACAAUAUUAAUAAUUUUGACAGAACCGGAGUUAGGUUCUGAUAGCGAAACUAGAAAAGCUGAUGUUCGAGAAUUUAAGAUUAAUGGACUGUUAUAUAAGCUCAUUGAUACAGUCGGUAUUGGUGAUACACACUUAACUCUUCAAGAAGUUUUUAAUGGAUUAGCAGAAGCUCUCAUUCUAUGA